AUGAAGGAGACAAAAGAGUUGCAAAAAAUAACUAUAAACGUGUAUUUGAAUGAAUUUUAUUGUAAAAAGUCACAUGAAAAGUCGUUAUGUAAUAUUAAUGCUGUUUUAAUCGAAAUGGCUAAUCUCUUAACGGUCCGUUGUUCAUGGCCAAAUAUUCGCAUUAAAAUGUCUGCCCUUAACAAUUUACAAGUAAAAUUAUUCCAAACUUCUACCAAGAGGGAUAUUUUUGCAACCACUCGAGAAUCCAUGCGUUAUUGGAAAAUUGGGCUAGUGGCAUUAAUUCCUCCCCAUUCUAAUGAUAAUUCCUAUAAUUACCCAAAAAUAUGCGUGCUUUUAAGAAGUGAUCUGCAAGUUGAUCCAGCCGAGGGAAAGCUGUUUGAUUUGACCUGCGUCGUGUGCCAAAACGGUCUUAAAACCAAAUGCUGCUCAUUAAUUUGGAUCAAGCACUACGAGACAGAUGAUGGGAAUCACCAACAAAACCAUGCAAAGCUUUUGGUGUUUAAAUCUACUUCUCAGCAAAAACAGAUUUUCUGUCAACAAUGUCUUGGACAAAUUUAUGAAAAGCAUGACAACCAAAUGCAAUGGAUUUCAAAACUGAAUACCUUGACAAAUAAUGCCUUCCAGCAAACGAGAGCAAUAAAAGGUUAUGUUCACAUGUGCUUAGGCAGAGACAUUUAA